AUGAAAUAUCGGCAUCGUUUCAAAAGUCGAGGUGCACGCAGUCGCAUUACGAAAGGGAAAAGUAGCGAAAGUAAUCCAUCGAUAACUCGACAUCGUGAAGCCGCAAGAGCAACCCAUAUCGUUCAGAAAAUACAAGCAGAUAAAAGUUAUAACGUCAAAUUCGGUGAUGAGGAUGCGGUGCUGGAACAGAUACCUUUGCAUAAGAUGCAAAUUGAUGAUGCUGAAGAAAUUAAAACUAUAAGAAGCAACUUUUCGGAGCUAACUUCGGCGCAGUCACAGCUUUCGCAAUUCACAUCUUGUACAAAUCCAACUUUCGAUCCUGUGCAUCGUAUUUGGAGGUCGGGAUCAGUGUUGCAAAAUGAAGUGCUCGCCGUGCUUGCAGCAACUGCUGAACUGAUUAAAGAUACUAAUGGAACAGAAAGUGAUGCUGAAUAUUUUGCUGCACUUUUGACAAUUAUCGAAGCAAUGCCUGCUGUGGAUGAAUCAAAAUUAGCUGCAGCUGCCUAUUUAUUAGGCCUUGUGGCUAAAAAAGUCAAUAAAAGUGUGUCACAAAAAUGUUUUUCUAGAGCACAUGAGAUUCUGGAAAACAAGCUUGAUAAAACUCAGCUGGAUGUUGCUUUGGCAAAACUUAUCGCUACAUUAGGGGUGAUUUUGCAUCAACAAGCUGCCAGCAUUUGGCAAAACAGUAAUACCAGGUUAUCACUAGUAAAAAUUGAAAUGUUUGCGGUCCAUAACAAAUCCUUGGUUCGCGCUGCAGCUCGACGAACUCUACGUACUAUCCUUACCGAUCCUGUUAUGAUUACAUCUAGUGGUUGCCACCGGGGCGCCACAGUUGUUGGGGAGGUGUUGAUGAAACAGAUGGAACAGAGUGCUGCCAGUGUAGACGUUGAUGUUUUGCUUCGAUUGUUUUGCCUCGCGGAAAAUAUUAUGCAUAAAAUGCCACAUCUAAUAUUCAAAAAGUUUGCGGAGACGACAUUUGCAUUGUUAUCUAUUUCGGAUUCCGAUCUAAAGUGCACGAUUUUCCAAUGUUUUCGAAAAAUUCUACAGCUGCAACCAGCUGAUACAACUUUACCCGCCACUACGAAUAUUCUUCUGAUUGAUUUGUUACGUGAUUUUGCGUCGAAUGCCAUGGACCCAUCUAUUACAUGUCCAUGGAUGGAGGCUCUUUGUGAAUCACAUCUUUGUCUCGCUACGAAAGAUCAUGCAAAAUCAAUGGCAACGUUGAAAGCUUCAUUGAAACUGAUUUUCCAAACAUUCGAUUUAGGAAAAGAUUUUGUUGCCCUGACAACUUACAAAGUAAUUAGUCGCAUAAUGGAACAUUGUGUGCAGUCAGAUGAGGAAUUAGCAAAUUAUUCUAUCGAUUUGUGUGACGAAGCUUUGAAUCCACGAAGUGUCGCAGUGUGGCGACAUGUUCUCCGCACUGAAACAAAAAUAUUCGAAGUUUGCAAAGGCGCUAUCACCCAGGAACCAUUUGGACGUGCAUUGAAAACUCUCGCGGGAUUGCGCAAUGAUGUUAAUCGCUCCAUUAUACCUGAUAUUGACUUGGUUGUUGGAGCGGCAGUACGACAUAUUGGUGCUGAGAACGUCUUGCGUGUGUUGCCAUUGGAAUUGGAUGCUCAAAAUGUGCCAAUAGUAACCCAGUUCGAGAGAUCUUGGCUUGUGCCUAUUCUGCGCAUAAACAUUUUCAACCAAUCAAUUGCUUUUGCAUUACAAUAUUUUUUACCACUAGCACAUCGACUUCGAAGGGAAGUACCGAGUGAUGUUGUAAGACGGAAAACUUUUAUUACUCUCAGUGACCAAUUGUGGGAUUUACUACCGAAUUUAUUGAGCUCAGCAACCGAUUUUGAGCAAAAUUUUCCUCAUUUAGCCCAAAUUUUGGGUAAAGUUCUACUUGAACAGCGAGAUCUACGUCUUAUUGUACUAUCGUCGCUUCGUAGCGCACUGCGUUACGCGCUCCAGCCGGAUGCGGCAGAAGCAAAAAAGGAUGUGAUGAGGUUUUUUGCAUACAGCUUUUUACGAAAGUUAUGUACUCUGUACACUGUAUCUAAUAUCACUAUGGAAUCUAUGGAAGGUAUAACUGGAAAUAGUCUGAAAACUUUGCGUUGUUCUAUUCUGGAAACUGUUCGCAUGUAUGUGGAAUUAACGCCAAAUAAUGUGAUUGAUAAUUUCGUAAAUUUGGCUGUUGAAAAGGCACAAAUCAAAGAUAUGGGUUUGGACCAAAAAAUUCGAGUUUUGGAUAUUAUGGCGGCACUGGUGAAGAAAGCAAGUGUAUCAGGAUUGAGCAGUAUGUUUCCGAGCAUACAGCCAUGGUUUAUUUGUAGUGAAGUAGCGCUUCAAAAGAAAGCAUUCCGCAUUUUAGAAGAAAUUAUGAAACGAAUGAAUGAUGAAGCUGUGAAGGACUUUUUUGCUUGCAGCACCGAUGAAAUAAAUAAUGUUCUUGAUCAGGAUUUGGAUAGCAUUGCAAAAAGCGCACGAGCGGCGUUAGUCGCAGUAUAUUAUGUAAAAUUAUCUUCGUUGACUUCACUUAAAGAUGUGGAAAGUUUUGGGAAAAAAUUUCUUCGAAGAAUUAUUAUUUGUCUUGAUAAGUCACACAAUAUACGGACACGUUCAAAUGCAUUGAAAUGCUUCGUGAAACUGUGUCAGCAGUUAAUACUUUCUGGUUCAGAUGAGAGCAAAAGUCCAUCAACCGUACUUCAUCCGAUAUUGAAUAUAAUUUUUGGUAUGUUGAAUCCAGAAAGAUUAUAUCCAAAUGAAGAUUCAGUUGAAGUCGUACGAUCAUCAACUAUUGCUCUGAAUAUCAUAGCACAGAAAUUCACUCGUAUUUUGGAUGCUUCAUUGUUGAGUCGUCUUGUAGCACAUGCAUGUAGUUGGAUUAGUGAUGGACGCCCUCUGAUUAGAGUGCUAAUUAUCAGGUUGUUGCGAAUGCUAGCAAAAAAAUUGCCAGACUAUACAAUGCAACAGUAUCAGGAAUUACUACUGUCGGCUGUGUUCGACGGCCAGUCAGUGACGAAUCUGACGCAAAAAGUCCGCAAAGCGAAUAGGCUGCUACUUGAAGUUUUAAUUGACAGAUACGGUGUUGAAGUUUUAAUGAUUCGAACGAAUAAACUGGAUUGGAUUAAGCAACUGAAAGCAAUUGCUAAAAUAAGACGCCGCCGUGAACGUAGGAAUAGAACGGAGGCUCACAAUAUGAGUAUUGAUGGAUGCCAAGACCAGGAUAUAGUAUCCGUGGCUUCGAGUGCUCGAACUGCGGGUGCAGAUACAGUACUGAAUAUGCUUUGUGAUGCAGAUAGUGAAAGUGAAGUAGAAAUAGAUCGUGAGUCGAUCGGAGGUCGAACACGAGGUAGCUCGAUGUGGUUAAAGAAUGAUGAUGAUGAUGAAAAUAUGAUGGACCUACUCGACCGAAACAAAAUACUAAAAAAAAUUGCAACGUCCCGUUCUGGCCUUCUGAAAGACAAAAAGUUACAGGAAAUAAAUGAAAAUGGCAAUGACAAAUCCAGUAGCAGUUUCGAAGUGGCGAAAGAUGGACGAAUAAUAAUUGAAAAUCUCGAUAUAGAUCAACAAGAUAAAAGGAAACGGAAGCAACGCAUAAAGUUGUUAGAUAUGCCGGAUAAGAAAAUGAGAAGGGAUAGUGGUUCGAAGAACGAUAGUGACAGUGAUUGCGAUAGUAACAGCAAAACUAUUAACGACAAAUAUGGAUGGAAACCUGGUGGGAAAGGUAUUCACAGGAAUGUAUGUAAAAGUUUCACUGGCAUUACGUCCUCCAACGAAUUUUUGAGGAGACGAACUGCUGGAGAUACAAGGAAAAAGAAUGAAAAAUAUGAGCCAUAUAUGUAUAUACCGAUUAACAAACGUAGAAGAGGAAAGAAUGAAAUGAAGAGGUUACUAAAAGGGAAGAAGAGAGAAAUUGCAGUUGUUUCAAAAGUAAAGAAAAUGGUUUGCUGA